AAGUAAAUAAUCCAAGAGGAAGAAGAACACUGAGGUACAUUAGACGACAGAAGUGUUCAGAUCAUUGACAUAUCCUGACAGAAUAAACGAUGAGCAAAAAAGACAGUGCGGCAGUCGCACAGAUCCUCGCUUACUUGAAUGAGAAAAACAGACCCUUCAGCGCUCAGGAUGUCUUUACCAACCUACAGAAGCAGUGUGGACUGGGGAAAACGGCAGUGGUCAAAGCAGUGGAGCAGCUGGCCCAGGAAGGCAAGAUUAAAGAGAAAGUCUACGGAAAGCAGAAGAUCUACUUUGCAGAUCAGUCUCAGUUUGAAGAUGUGAGUGACGCUGACCUUAGGAAGAUGGAUGAUCGUAUUGGGGAAAUCAAUACAGAAGUACAGAGCAUUUCACAGAGCUGCCGGCAGCUGGAUACAGAGCUAAAGGAGUUAAACAGCUCAUUAACCACGGCAGAGAUGAAGGCACAGAUCCAGGAGCUGCAGGCAGAGAUUUCUGGGUACAGAGAGCGGCUGGAGAACAUCAAAUCAGCUACAAAUCAUGUGACCCCUGAGGAGAGGGAGAAGGUUUACAAGGAGAGAGAGACUUAUGUAAAAGAGUGGAGGAAGAGGAAGAGACUGGUUUCCGAUAUGAUGGGAGCUAUUUUGGAGGGUUACCCAAAGAGCAAAAAACACUUCUUGGAGGAGGCUGGGAUUGAAACAGACGAGGACCAUAAAGUGACAAUGCCCAACAUCUGACGAAAAGGCAAGCUGAUUAAUUCUGAUGCUGCCAGGAAACCUGACCUUUAGAAAUGUCACAAAGUAAUGCAUUCUGGGACAGUAAAAGAACAGUUCUAUUGAAAACCAACUCUAUUUAUAAUUCUUAUUUUGGGAACAAACCACCAGGCUGUAAAUAAGUUUGAACAUUCUUUAUUUUUCAAUUAAAAAAUGAUACAGAUACAAAA